AUGGUAUCUUCACAAGACGAAGCCUUUUCGCAAGUCGGAUCAGCUCUUUCUGGUUUCUCGAGAGCCACAUUCGGCGGCAUCUCGGGAUACGAUCUCCAGGUGAAGGGAGGAAAGCCUUGGGAGCCACACGAAGUGGAAGCUUUACGCAGCUUUGUGGGAUCCCACGCAUCCCGUCUGUUUGGGAGUGGCGGUAGAGGUAGCCUUCAAGAUGAAAGGCAGAAGGCGGAUGCAUGGGAGGAGUGCCGGAUUGCAGUUAUGGCAGCAGGGGGUCGCUCAGACAGGUCUUGGGAGAAAAUCCGAAAAAAAUGGCAGGACCUGGCUUCCGAAGCCAAAAAGUCUAGCUACCAAAGGAGGCAGGAACUCCAUGGAACUGGAGGAUUUGUUCCACCCAAUGAAAAGGUCCUGCAAGCGCUGCCAGAUGAGCUCAGGGAUGGUAUAACACCUAUUAGAAGUACUGAAACUAGCAAUCCCGACGUCAUGUUCAAGCUCGCUAGUCUUCACGCUGAAUCCAGAGAGCAUGGAGACGUGCAAGGUGAGGAGGCUAUUUGUCAUUGUAUCCAUCAUAUAAAGAAUCUGCGCGAUUGA